GCAGCGACAUAAACAAGAGAAGUUGAUAGGUACAGACACAAACAAAGUCCAACAACACUAACUAAGUUUCCAUUUCCUAGGCUGUUUCUUGGCUCUUUCUUACAUCUUUCUCAGAAACUUAUUAGCUUCACAAACUUCCCAGAAAAGAAAAUCAUGUCCAUUUUUAUUUUCUAAUAAUCUCACUUCAAUUGUAAAGAACGAAACUUGUGGAUCGACAUGGGAAAUUGUUUAGGAACUCGUGUGAUCAAUCACCACAGCCCAUCCACCACCAAUCCUCCUACUCCAGAAACCUCCGGGAACAGUAAUAAACCCCCUGGAGAGCCGAGCAGCGCCAGCAGUAAUAACAACAGCCCAGAAAACGUCGGCGCUGGUGUGGAAAAUGGAAGCAGCAAGAAAGAAACGACGACUUAUCAACACAGUGGGAAGGUUAUCAGCCCGAAUCUUAAAAUCUUUACUCUAACAGAGUUAAAGAGUGCUACAAGAAAUUUCAGACCUGAUACAGUUCUAGGAGAGGGUGGAUUUGGAAGAGUGUUUAAAGGUUGGAUUGAUGAAAAAACCUAUGCGCCGUCUAAAGUGGGCGUCGGCAUGGCGGUCGCCGUCAAGAAGUCCAACCCAGAUAGUCUUCAAGGCCUAGAGGAAUGGCAGUCCGAAGUCAAAUUUCUUGGAAAGUUUUCACACCCAAAUCUUGUGAAGCUCCUGGGUUAUUGUUGGGAAGAAAAACAAUUUCUACUUGUCUAUGAAUAUAUGCAGAAGGGAAGCUUGGAAAAUCACCUCUUCAGAAGUAAGAAUCAUGUCAAGAAAAUCACUCAAGAGAAAAAAUAUAUAUAUAUUUCAUUUUCACUAAAAUUUAUAUAUAUGGAUGUUGUUGCAGAGGGUGCAGAGCCACUUUCAUGGGAAGUUAGACUUAAAGUAGCCAUUGGAGCAGCUCAAGGUCUUGCCUUCUUACACACCUCAGAGAAGAGUGUCAUCUAUAGGGACUUUAAGACCUCUAAUAUCUUGUUGGAUGGGGAUUACAAUGCCAAGCUUUCAGACUUUGGAUUGGCCAAAUUAGGCCCCAUAAAUGGCAACUCUCACGUCACAACUCGGGUCAUGGGCACAUAUGGCUAUGCAGCUCCCGAGUAUGUCGCCACAGGGCAUUUGUACGUGAAGAGUGAUGUUUAUGGGUUUGGAGUUGUCUUGCUGGAAAUGUUAACUGGUCUAAGAGCACUAGACACCAACAGGCCCACAGGAGAGCACAAUUUGAUAGAUUGGGCAAGACCAUCUCUUUCAGAUAAAAGAAAACUGAAAAAAAUAAUGGACCCAAGGCUUGAAGAACAAUACCCAAUAAAAGGGGCAAUGCAGGCAGCUGAGCUUAUAAUACAAUGCUUGGGAUCUGACCCCAAAACCAGACCUUCCAUGGAAGAAGUGUUAGAAAGCUUAGAAAAGAUAAAUGCCAUCAAAGAAAAGCCUAAGGAGAGCAAAGUGAAGGCCAAAAAACUGUGCAGUAAUAGGCGACAAGAACAACGCUCAACCCAUCCAAAUCGGUCUCCUCUUCGCACUCGCGGGCUUAUCCCAUUAGAGUAAAUAUCGUAGGUCUCAGGUUUAGCUCGCCCAGCUUCGCUCGAGUCUGGUUGAUUCAAUCUGUGCAAUGCAGAGGUUGUAUGUGUUAUUGGUAGCUAUAUAUACAAAUGUUCAACUUGUAAUUUUGGACUCUUGAUCUUGAACAUAGCUGAAAUGUACAACAAAAAUGUACGUCCUCUCUUUACUAUCAGAGCAGAGGCCCAAUCUUUAGCUUAAAUCGUUCAGCUUGUCACUUGUGUCAAAAAUGGCUGGCUCCUGGGUUCAGCUCUUGAGCCCAAAUUCAUGUAACUUGUGAGGGUUCUCAUGGGCUAACUUGACUUUUCUUUUGUUUUCUCUUUUA